AUGAAAUCACCGCAAGGCAACCCAAACGAUCACCCUAUUACAGAAUUCGAAAAGGAGCUCAGGGGUAGCUGCCUAUGCGGUUCCAUCUGCGUCACCAUCCGCGACGCAGACCUUUUCACUCACCCUCGGGGCCAUCUCUGCCACUGCUCCAAUUGCAGGAAGGUAGCCGGGAGCUUUGUAGCAGCGAACCUGGUCAUCGAGACAGAGAAGGUCGACAUCCAAGACUCUUCGGGUACGCUGAAAACGUACAAUGACUAUGAUACACUGUCGGGAAACCCUGUUUACCGUUCGUUUUGCAGUGUAGAUGGAAAUCCGAUCAAGUCCGAAUCGCCUCUGUAUCAAGGUAAAGUGAUUCUGAAGAUGGGAAUCUUUCCGCGCAUUCCAGAGCCAGGGGCGGAGGGCUUUGCGCUGCACAGGCACGCCUGGGAACCCGAAUUUGAGGGAACAGUCAAGUAUAAGCUUGCGCGAGGCGGGGAAAAACUGGAGUAA